CGGCUAAACGACGCCGUCUAGAAUGGUUCGUCUUAUAAUGGUUCAGUUUCCCAUUGAGGGUAGCGAUCAAUCGAACUAUCGAAGGGUGGAAGCAGGCAGCAGUGCAUCAAUGGCGAAGGAAGCUUCUUCCUCGUCUACUGGACCGGACCAUCAAUUUGUAUCAGAAGAAGAAGAGUUCGUGUAUGGGGCGGAGUCGGGUUGGGUCGAGGCUCGAACGCAGUGCGACCACCUGGGUUCCCUAUUCUCCGAUCUCUCUCAUAUCCCCACUCCCGCAACUCCUUGCAACAGGUGUGACAACCCUGCUGAGAACUGGUUAUGUUUAUGCUGCAAAGAUGUCUUCUGCAGUCGUUUUGUGAACAAGCAUAUGCUUGAGCACUAUCAGCAGCAAAACCAUUGUCUUGCACUUAGCUAUAGUGAUUUGUCAAUUUGGUGUUUCUCCUGUGAUGCUUAUUUAGACGCCCAAGUGCUUCUACAACUGCGGCCUGUUUAUGAAACUGCUUACAUACUGAAAUUUGGUGAGUCCCCGCCAUUCCGAAGUGUUGAAUAUCUUGGAGAGGAAGAUAAACAAGCUGAUACUUCAUCUUCACGCAGUUAAGCUUUCCGCUUUUUGUUGCCUUUUCCCCUAUUGGGCUGUCAGGGUUCUGUGGUUUAGGAAAAAGAUAGUGUUCUUUCCUGGAAAAGUGUUUUACCUUUCCCAUGAAAUUGAGUGGAUAGUCAAUACAAAUGUGAGAAAUGUACCAAAACAGAUAAAUUUAUAUUAGUUUUCAUUGUUCA